AUGGCAAACCCGCUAGCCCAGGCCCAGGUCUCGGCUCCAGCCGUCAGCCAGGCUGCGAUGCCGUUGGCCGUUGUCGCCGUUGUGGACGAGAACCCUCCCACGCAGUGCCUACCGCCGCCUCCCGGUCCCCUUCGCAAGCCAAGGCGUCGUAACCACCACGAGCUAUACGAUAAGAUUGCCCGAAUCGAGUCCCUCCUGAGCCAGCAUGGCGUACAUCCGGAGCCGGAGACGGGGCCGGGGCCAGGCAAGGAUCGGGACCCGCGCUUCUGCCCGCAGUCCCAUACCGUAGAGAUGGAAGGCGUCCGGGAGUCUGCAGAAACCAGACCGCCCCGGGCACAAGUUGCCAAGGGGCAGCUCGUUCAGACAUGGAACGGCGGUCUCGAGUUCCGUGACAGCAAGGCCAUGGCCGUUGUCUUUGAGGACACGCAGUUCCACACCAUCAGCGCCCUCAUCGACGUCGAGUUCGACCAGGCAACGUGGCUACCAGCCGUGGAGGCGCCUCAGAACGGCCGGCGAAGCCUCGACUCCAACGGCUCGUCGUCCGCGUCCCAACCCCCCGUCUGCGUCCCGUCGGCGCACACGAUCAACGUCCUCUGGGACGUGUUCCUCGACCGCGUCGACCCCGUCACGAAGAUCAUCCACGCGCCGACGUUCCGCAUGCGCGUCGUCGAGGCCGCCAACAACUUCACCAACACUCCGCUGGCGACGCUGGCUCUUCUCUUCUCGGUAUUCCUGACGGCGUCGGGAUCGCUGUCGGAACAUGAGCACUGGGAGAAGCUGAGCCUCUGCAAGAGCGAUGCCGUCGCUGAAUACACGCUGGGACUCAAGAGGGCUCUCACCGAGAUGAACUACCUCAAAAACCACAACCUGGACGUGCUGCGGAGCCUGGCUUUGUAUUCGCUGUUCCAGCAGACUCGGUAUGGCUUGCACGACCCGUGGGUGUUGAACGGCGUCGUAGUCAACAUCGCCUACCGCAUGCGCCUCCACCUUGACGGGUCGCACGCGAAUCUCUCCCCCUUCGAGUGCGAGAUGCGGCGGCGUCUCUGGUGGCAGAUCGUCAUCCUCGAACUGAGGUCCGGCGGCGCCUUUGGGACCGGCUCGCAUCUGCUACCCAGCGGCCGGGACACCCGCAUCCCUCUCAACGUCAACGACGAGGAUCUGAUCCCGGCCAUGAUCGUCGAGCCCCGGCCCCGUGACGGGCCGACCGAGAUGUCGUUCUGCAUCAUGACGUACGAGGCCAAGAAACACGUCCUGGCACUGCCUCGGCUGCUCUCGAUCGACGACGUGCUAUGGAGCCAGAUGCCAUCGCCAACCCACCCGUACGGCAGCUCCUCGACCGAGCGCUCGGAAACGAUCAACCUCCUCCAGACCUUCAUGGAAGAGGAACAGAGAACUAUGGGCCCGCUGGAGGACCGACUGUGCCCCGACCCGGCCACGAACCCGCUCCACGCCAUGGCGCGCUGGGGCCGGGAGGCGCUCUCGCGCAUCGCCCAGCUCAUCGUGACGCCGAUGGAGGAGGCCUCGGAAUGGGGCACCGAGGUCCACGGCCCGGAUGACAACUUCUUCCGCAUCAACCUCGCGGCGAACGAGGAGGCCCUCCUCGCGCGGCAGGCCGCCGGCCGCCGCUUCGCCUGGCACGCCGACAUCGACUUCCGCAUGCAGACCUUCUACUACCUCGGCGCCCAGCUGCGCACCCGCGUCGCGGGCUCCCUGGCCGACAGGGUCUGGGCGGUCAUGGAGCGCACGUACGCGCUGCGCGGGGAGCUGUGGGAGCUCAAGGACAAGGAGAACAUGACGCUGGCGAACCUGCUGCUCGCGGCGUGGGAGAGGCGCGUGGCGUACUUUGCCGGGGAGGGGGUGGUGCUGCCCGAGCCGCCAUUCCUGACGAGGCUGCGGGACGAGGUCAUGACGAUCAAGGCCGAGGCGUUGGGGAUCUUUUGA